AUGGAGGACGGAAUCUUAUCGAAUGCGAGCAAUUUAGAACUGGAUGGGAUUCCGGAUACCGGCACUAAAAUAACAACACCAGACCAGCAGCCAGAUGAUACAACAGGAGGCAGACGCUCCAGACUGGCUGCAGUGUGUUUGGGGCUGCUGUGUGUUCUUCUGCUGAUCACCAUCAUUGUGAUCUGUGUGCGCAACAUUAAAGAAAAAGAAGCUAAGGACCAAACCAUCUCCUCUCUGAGUGACAACUUUACUGCAGAGAGAGAGACCCUCUUAUCCAGCAUCACAACCCUGACUGAAGAAAGGGAUCAGCUAAAGAACAGCUACAAUGACCUGAGUGAAGAAAAAGAUCAGCUAAAGAAGAGAAACAAGGACCUGACUGAAGAAAAAGAUCAGCUAAAGAAGAGAAACAAGAACCUGACUAAAGAAAGAGAUCAGCUAAAGAACAGCAACAAGGACCUGACUGAAGAAAGAGAACAGCUAAAGAUCAGCAACAAGGACCUGACUGAAGAAAGAGAUCAGCUAAAGAUCAGCAACAAGGACCUGACUGAAGAAAGGGAUCAGCUAAAGAACAGCAACAAGGACCUGACUGAAAUAAGUCGUAAACUCCAGAAUAUAGAUCCUGAUUUAGUUAAAUGGUUGGAGAAGCUGCAUUCAGAUGGGUGGAAGAAGUUUGGAAGCAGUUAUUACUACAUCUCUUCUGAGAAGAAGAACUGGAAUGUUGCCAGGCAGGACUGCAGAAACAGAGGAGCAGAUCUGGUGAUCAUAAACAGCAGAGAAGAACAGGAGUUCAUUAAGAAGCAAAACAAAUACAUCUGGAUUGGUCUGAGUGAUGCAGAGAAAGAAGGAGAGUGGAAGUGGGUGGACGGAUCUCCACUGACCACUAAGUUCUGGAGAAGUGGAGAACCCAGCAAUACGUAUGGAAAUGAGAAUUGUGUUGCUUUUUCUAUCCCUGCUAUGACAAUCAAUGCAUGGAAUGAUGAACCCUGCUCUGCUGAUGCUUUUGGGUUCUGUGAAUUUACUUUUCCCAAAGUGUAAUUUUGUCCAGCUUUUUUUUCUUUCUCAUACACUCUUUAAAAAAAAUCUGCUUCAGAAUGUUCUUUCAGCAAUGCCACUGUAGGAUCAUGUUUAGUGAUCGGCCACUGCAAAAAA